AUUGUCUCCAAAAAGACAUGUGGGGGGAAAAAAUUGCACACAGAUUAUGUAAGCUAAGAGAAUAACAUCUAGUGUGGCUUGGAGUUCCGCAUUUUGAUAUUUUGGUGCGUUAAAGUCAAGUUAUCCAAUGUCGUGUUGCGAGAACGCCGUGGCAAUGACUUGAACGCUGCUUUGUUUACCAUAUAUUUCCAAUCCUCACUGCGCGCCUUGCAUGUGUAGUCCUUAAAAGCAUAUCAACACAGAGACUGUUGACACCUCACUCCUCAGCUUGGACCCUUCUGUGCAAUAAGUUUAUAACCUCAGGCAGUGCCUUAUGUUCCAUGGUGCAGCUAAAGAACGAGAAGAAAAAUAUAGAGACUAGCAGCCAAAUUUUCCCUCUCAUCUUGCAAGUGGUGGUGGGACUCCUCCAAUUUUCAAUUUCAACAGUGACCUUAGUAGUCUAUGUUCCAUUUCUUAGGUCUUUUACUAUAUAUAUUCACGUGAAGCUUUCAUCUCUGGUCUCAAUACUAUUCACACCUCUCUCUCACUCGUGAUAUCUAUCCAUGGAGGCCAAAAACUUGUGGCGCUUCCUUGUUCUUUCAAUCGGUGUGGUACUAGUUUUACUUGUCACUCGGCUUCCCAACAAGGAGGCUCUAGACUGCAACCUUUACUCUGGAUGGUGCACCUCAAAGAACCGCUUCUACUCUUCAGCACAUCCUAAUAACCCGAUUAAGAAACCAUCAUCAUUUUCCACAUAUCAUCACAACCAACACCAUGAUGAAUCUGAGAUUCCUGAACACCCUCUUGACCCUCUAACCAUCCAAGAGUUCAACAAGGUCCGCACCAUCCUAUCCAACCACCCCCUCUUCAAGUCCUCAUCCACCUACACUCUCAACUCAGUUGUCCUUGAAGAGCCAGACAAAAAGCUAGUCCUCAAAUGGAAAAAGGGUGAUCCACCCUUGCCUAGGAAGGCUUCCGUGGUUGCAUAUGUGAAAGGAGACUCUCAUGUGCUCACUGUGGACCUCGAAACCGGCCAGGUGGCGAGCCACAAAACCACCGGCUCAGUCUCGGGGUACCCCACCAUGACCAUGGAAGACAUGGUGGGGGUACUAGAGGUUCCCCUCAAGAGCACUGAGUUCAACCGCUCGAUCACUAAACGCGGUGUCAAUUUAGCAGACCUGGCUUGCUUGCCAAUCUCUUCAGGGUGGUAUGGGACCCCAGUGGAGGAGAACAGAAGGUUGAUUAAGGUGCAGUGCUAUUCCAAAGAAGGCACUGUGAACUUCUACAUGAAACCAAUUGAGGGUGUCACUGCCUUGGUUGACAUGGAUAGAAAAGAGGUGCUUGCAAUUUCAGAUAAUGGCCAAAACAUCCCUGUGGCGAAUGGAAUUAACACUGACUACCGUUACUCCAUUCAGAAGCUGAAUGGAGAGUUGAGGCUACUGAAUCCAAUAUCCUUGGAGCAACCAAAAGGUCCAAGCUUCACAAUUGAAGGGCACUUGGUGAAAUGGGCAAACUGGGAAUUCCAUCUGAGACCAGACCCAAGAGCUGGGACCAUAAUUUCACAAGCCAAGGUGAGGGACCCUGACACAUCAAAGCUGAGAAGUGUCAUGUACAAAGGGUUCACCUCUGAGCUAUUUGUGCCUUACAUGGAUCCCACAGAAGGGUGGUACUUUAAGACAUACAUGGAUGCUGGUGAGUAUGGAUUUGGGUUGCAGGCAAUGCCACUAGACCCCUUGAAUGAUUGCCCACGGAAUGCUUACUACAUGGAUGGUGUGUUUGCCUCUUCUGAUGGAACACCAUAUCUCCAACCCAACAUGAUUUGCAUUUUUGAGAGUUAUGCUGGUGACAUUGCGUGGCGACAUGCCGAGUGCCCCAUCACUGACCUCAAGGUUACAGAAGUGAGGCCAAAGGUGACACUAGUGGUUAGGAUGGCAGCAGCAGUAGCAAACUAUGACUAUAUCGUGGAUUGGGAAUUUCAAACUGAUGGGCUAAUCAGAGCAAAGGUUGGACUGAGUGGUAUCUUGAUGGUGAAAGGAACUACCAAUGAGAAUAUGGACCAAGUCCCUAACCAAGAAUAUCUUUAUGGAACCCUUUUGAGUGAAAACAUUAUUGGUGUAAUCCAUGACCAUUUUAUCACAUAUUACCUAGAUAUGGACGUUGAUGGCUCUGACAAUUCAUUUGUUAAGGUAAACAUAAAGAAGCAAGAGACCUCUCGGGGAGAAUCACCCAGAAAGAGUUAUCUAAAAGCUGUUAAAAAAGUGGCAAAGACAGAGAAAGAUGCUCAAAUAAGACUUCAACUUUAUGAGCCAUCUGAAUUCCAUGUGGUGAACCCAUUGAAGAAGACAAGGGUAGGGAACCCCGUUGGGUACAAAUUGGUUCCCGGUGCCACAGCAGCUAGCCUGCUGGAUCCAGAAGAUCCACCACAGAAAAGAGCAGCUUUUACCAACAACCAAUUAUGGGUCACUCCUUACAACAAAAGUGAGCAAUGGGCUGGUGGCUUAUUUGUUUACCAGAGCAAAGGCGAUGAUACUCUUCAAGUCUGGUCCAACAGGGAUCGUCCAAUUGAGAAUAAAGACAUUGUGUUGUGGUACACAAUAGGGUUCCAUCAUAUACCCUGUCAAGAGGACUACCCUAUCAUGCCUACUGUAUCAUCAAGUUUUGAUUUGAAACCUGCUAAUUUCUUUGAGAGAAAUCCAAUCCUUGGAGUCCCUCCCAAUUUCGAAGAUGAUUUACCUGUUUGCAAGGCUCGUGAUUCAGCUUGAGAUCCCAUCAGUUGGUGUUUAGUCUAACUAGAUGCAUGCUUUAUUUAUACAUGUAACAAUUGAUGCCCAAACUUAACUUUAAAUAAUUAGUAUAAGGGUAGCUAAACCUAGAUUAUGAUGUUAAAAAUCUAGAAUGUGACUUGAAUCAAUAUAAUAUAAAUAAAUUUGUGAAUUCAAUCACAGGUUUGGAUAACACAAAA